CGCAGCGUCACACACGGCUACUCCAGCCGCGAUGGAGAUUGCGAAUCAAUCCAGGAUAUAUGGAGGUACAAAAGGAGAGAGAAUCGAUUUCCAAAUUUGGGUAGGAGAGGCGGAUGGAAGGGUACCAGACCCUCUGUGUGGAGAUCGGGAAUUGGGGGUCGUGUUGGUUACAGACGAUACCAUGGCCCUAAUAUUAGAGGUAUGAAGAUCUCAAUCUCAAUCGAAAGUAAAGUAUUUGAUUUCCAGUCUUCAGAUUCCAACAAUACAAUCUUCGAAAUCAAGAAUGGUAAGCACCGUUCUCUGUCUAUCUUAUGUCCUACUGCUUCUUGGCUUAUUGAGUCCUUAGGCCAUCCUCCUCUUGCAAGGGAGGGGUGGCUAAUCUCCAGGUUUGAAGGAGCCACCUCCACAAAAUGCCACUGGGACUCUAAUAGAAGUGGUGAAUUUGUUGUGCUUAGUGGGGGAAAGGAUAGGGACCAGUCUACAAUCUGCAUCCCAGUAGGCUCCAAAUCCGCAGGGAUUAAUCUUUUCAUUAAGGGUCUUGAAGAAGCUAUUAAAAUCCAUGGGGGGAUUGAGGGAGGGGGUAAUAUUUCUAGUAGUAACAGCCUUGAAGAUGCUUUUCUCCUUGAAGGAGAGCAGAUUCAGGCCCGGGGAAUGAAGGAAGAACAGGUUACGAAGUCCAUUUCUGCAGCAAUAUUUGCACAGGACAUUGGUCUAAUUUCGAGGGAACUUAAAGCCACAGAAGAGAGGUCUGUUACUCCAGAACAAGUUGAGGAAAUUGAGAAGGAAGAAGUGGUAGCACAGAGGCUAUUCCAACCAGCAUUUGAUGCAUACUUUGAAACCAUCUUCAGGGCAGUUGUGAAUCAAAUUCAAGAAGCAUUGGCAAAGAAUCUGGUGUUGGAGAAACUUCAGCUUGGUCUCAUCCACAACAUGUCAGGGAAGACAAUUAGAGCAACUCGGGAGACAGUGAAAAGCAUGCAGAAAGUGCGAAUGGCUUGCUUAGAAGGUUCAAAGUACCCAAUUUUCGUUUCUUUCUCUAAAGUUGAUGAACAUGUGGUUGAUGACUUCUUCACAGGAGAAGAGGGGGAAAACCCUCCUGGCAGUUCAGAUUCCCCUUAAUUUAUGUGAUUUUAGUUAAUUUUUGGUAUUACUUUGGUCUCCGGUACUUAGGAAUACAAACAUCACAGUUUUAGGCCCCGAUAAUCUUGUUGUCCCGAGUCUUGAUAACUCCCUAGUGGCCAUGUAAUUUCAUGGGAUAAUUCCUAAGAGGGUCUCUCUUGCUACUUUUUGGUUCCAUGGAUCUCAACAAUUAAUGUUCUCAGAGGAGGUUAUACUAUGGCUGGACGGGGCAGAAAUCGAAAGCAUCCCAAUCCAUGUGUAUUUUGUCUGGUUUUUGAUGGCUGGCAGUGCUCUGAGGUUUUUUGUUUGGUUGUAUAUUGUGGCAUCCCUCUUCCUCUGUAAUAUGCAGUUUAAUUUCUUGUGACUUUGGAGCUUUAUGCGGAUGAGGUGGAUUCUCUGGAUGCUGAAUACAAGCAAAAGAAGCCAUGCUUCUGUAUGGUUCUCAUUGGUAGUGAUUAUUAAGGUUUUUUUUUCUAGUUUGUGGGUUGUAUAACUUGUAUUGUUUCUCUUUAGUGCUUUGGACUUUUCUCCUUGUUGCUUUGGCCUUAUGUUGGGGACGGCCACCCCCCGUAUGUUUCCUUCUCCUUUUAUUGAAUAAAAAGCCACUUAAAAU